AUGGCUCAAAUCCAAUCACUCCUCAAUCCUACCAUGGACGACAACGAUUACGACAGCAAGGACGAGGUGUCCACUCACGACAGUCAAACCUCGACAGAAUCCGACAAGCGCGUACGUGGCCACGACCAGCCAAUGCGGAAGAAGCAGAAGGUCGUCAAGGAUGCCGCAGUCUUCAAGCUUGGUACUAUUCGAGAACCGUGCCGAUAUCCACCUCACGAAGACCAGAACGAAACUCUCGCUGUGCACCAUCAGAUGCACGAGGUGUAUCCCAUGGGGAGCAUUGCUGACUACCCUCGCCACAUACCAUACAAUGGUGGCAAGAAAGUGUUCUGGGAGAAGACAGGAAGAGAAAGCUUCGAAGUAUUCCAAUAUCAAUUCAAGAUCCCGGGAGAGCCGACCACUUACACCAUGCUAUGGGACUACAACAUUGGACUUGUACGCACUACCCCACUAUUCAAGUGUGGCCACUACUCGAAGACAACUCCAGCUAAAAUGCUGGCUCGGAAUGAGGGACUGAAAGACAUCUGUCACAGCAUCACUGGAGGCGCUCUCGUUGCACAAGGCUACUGGAUUCCAUACGAAGCUGCAAAAGCUGUGGCUGCUACUUUCUGUUGGAACAUUCGCUAUGCAUUGACACCGGUGUUUGGCACAGACUUCCCGAGCAUGUGCGUUCCUACAGAGUCUGAGAACUUCGGCUCUAUGCAGAUUGACCCAGAAAUUACCAAGCGGUGUACUAUGCAAGCUCAGCACUAUCGGGAGAUGGAAGGACGGCACAUCCCAGCACAAGCACCUGGAACACCAAGUUCGCAGACACCAUUGACACCCAAGAUUGGCCAGCAAUACAAGAGAAUUCUGCCAAAGCCGGUCAGGACCACAGACUACACAAGCGACUACACUUCUGACACUGGUCCGGAGGACAAGUAUGCUCUGUCUUCUCCUUCCCCACAGGUUGGCUUCACCAAUGCGUGGUCCGCAAUCAACUCUCCUCGGUCACCUUCCCCCAAAGUAGCCUUUACCAACCCAUGGUCACCUGCCACCACGACUCGGUCGGAUUCCCCUUCAGGCACCUCCCGCAGAGGACGGAGAACUGCGAACAUCCCUCGUUCUCAUACGCCUCUUGAUCUCAUGCCUCCACCACGCAAGCCAUUGUACCCUACCAUUGACAUCAUGGCAGUUCAGGCACCAACCGCACCACCAACCCCUAUUGUCACUCCUACGACUGGCAUAUCCCCAAGAUCCCGAGCCCGAUUCAUGGGUAGCGAUGAAGACUACGAUGCUGGGUCAGAUGACUCAGAGGUUCACAGAGGAGAGAACAGCAGGAAGAAAUCAUCGCAUACAUUCACAGAGACAAGAGCUGCAUAUGUGUUGUUGAAGCUGGCAGCCACAGGGAAGAACAACGUCCAGGAAGGGUUGAAGUCCCUUAAGCGGAGAGCUUCAGCUUGA